UUAGUAGUAUAUGUCCUGUACUUGACCUUCAAGACUGCAAUGGGGUACCACGGCCUGAAUGCUUCAAAGCCUGAUGACGGUGACAGGAACAUGGUUCGAGAUCCUUCAGUGGAACGUUCCUGUGCAUUCUUACAUCAAUCGUAUCGACCUCUAUUCUAUGAGCUCGUGGCAGGACUCAACCUCUGAUCAGAUCAAACUGUAUGGACGUCAAGAUGCGAGAUUCCAAAGGACGGUCGGUAGCCAGCACCGAUAUAAUUGGAAUCCAGGUGAAAAGUUGAUCUCUUUAUGAUCGAUGUGACAGUUGCACUGCUGUAAUCUUGUAGAUAUUGUCGAGAAGGCCGGGAGGAAUGCUAAGGGAAUUUCAGAUCUGGCUAUGCGGCGGCCAACAAGUUGUACAACGAACGAAGGGGCAUAGGACUACUCUUGGAAUUGAUUGCUUCGAAUUAGUAUCGAUCAUCCAGAUUAGUUCUUCGUUGCCAGCAACGAUCUUUUGCUAUCCACUUAGUUGUGAAUUCUCUGCUAGCUUGACACGUGCACUGAGAUGUUUCUGACAUGGCAGAAUCUCGAGUGAGGUUUUCCAAGGCCAUCCAAUUCGAUUGACAUUCGAAGUAUGUAGGAUCCCUCAGAGCUUCUCUAUCUCUUGACCUCUAUUCAAAGCCCUUCCCUCAACAUCGAUCAGCGGUUUUAGAUGACUGACUGAGUAAUUUUGAGUGGGCUUCAUUCAGAAGAGUGACCUUUCUGUCCUGAUGGUUACGUUAAUACAAAGCUUUCUCUGCAGUAUCUUCGUGCCGAUUGAAUGCUUAUGUAAGA